GUUAUCGAUAUUCAUUAAGCGAAAGUUGAGAUUAGGGUACACAUUUUAUUUAUUUGUUUGUUUGUUUUUAUUUAAUCCAAAAUGCUCAAUGCAAAAAUUGGUAAGGUCGGCAAAGUACUGGUGUGUGGUAUGAAAAAUGUUGGGAAAACGGCACUCAUCGAGCAACUGGUUUAUGGAAACGUCAACACAGAAACCGAACUGCACCCAACAAUUGAGGAUAUAUAUGUGGCGAGUGUAGAUACAGGGCGUGGCGGUGCCCGGGAAACGCUACGCAUUUACGAUACAGCCGGACUACAAGGCGAACAGGCGGCUCAGCUGCCGCGUCACUAUUUGCAAUUUCCAGAUGCCUUUGUGCUCGUCUAUGAUCCCACCGAUCCACGUAGCCUGGAUAUGCUGGCCGACAUCAAGACAGACAUAGACAAGCAUAAGGAGAAAAAGGAGGUGCCAGUAAUUGUAUUAGCAAAUGUACGAGCACGCAGUAAAAAGGAUACGCCACCCGCCACACCAAAUCCCGUCGAAUCCAUAAUGGAUCGAGCAAACAAUUGGUGCCAAAGAGAACGUAUCAAGCACUACACGGUCAAUGUUAUGGAACGACCGUCACUGUACGAGCCCUUUACAGUUCUGUGUGCCCGUCUGCAUCCUCCACAGACGAAGAGCACAUUCCCACAGCUGCGUCAGGUGAUGCAGAAUCGUCAGAAGAGUGAGGUUUAGCCUGUAUUCAGUCUUUGUACUUACAAUCAACAUUUCACUUUAGAAUAGAACUGACGCACUAAAUGACUAAUGUGGAUAUUGUAUAACUAUUAAUUGUCCCCUUUAUGUUUAUUGUUGUGAUUUAUAGCCUGUCUAAUGUACUUGCCUAUGCAAAUGUUUAUAAUAUACUUAGUAUAGAAUA